CAUGUAUAGGUGGAAGAUUUUAGAAUAUUUAUUACUGUCAUGGAUCCAAUGGAUGCCAGAAUAUUGCUUUGUCAGGCAUAUCAAGCUGGCCUCACUACUGCUAAGCAUGCAUGGAUAUUGCAUGGUAUGAAUACUCCUGAUUGGUGGACAGUAAAUACUACUACUCAUGAUUGUACUACCAAUGAAAUGAAUGAUGCUAUUGGAUCGGUCUUGUUUGUUGACAUUCAAUCAUCUACUUUUACUAAUAUAAACCAAGACCAAAGAAACACUAUAUCAGGAAUUUUAAAAAGCAAUGGGUCGCUAACAGAGACUGAGUUUUAUUCUCUCUUACAUUCAAAAGUAUUCAAUGCUUAUGAUGCUGCUAGAAUACUUGCUCUAACGUGGAAUGUGACCAUUAAUAAUUAUACCACAGAGGAAUUACAUAAUCUUCUUAAUCAAUCCUGGAAGAUUUCAAAUGAAGGGAAACACAAUCUAGUGGAAACACUUCAAUACAAUUUAAUCAAUAAUAUCAGUCCAUAUACUGGAUUAGCUGGAUCUUAUGAUUUUAAUGGAAAUCAAAAUAAACUCAGCUCAGCUAUCAUAACACAAAUUACAGGUGGUGUGAUUACCAUAUAGCAGGAAAUUUUGGAGGGAAUUAAAUUUGGCAAAUUUAGCGUUUUUAUAGCCAUUUGCCAAAAUAAAAACCUGCCAUUUUGCUCAAUAGCACGUGGCUACAAAUUUGCCAAAUUAAAACUUGCCAAUCGCCAAAAUUUAGCAAUUUGCCAAAUUUUAGUUCCUCAAAAAUUUCCUGCUAUACAGUAUUCUAUGCAUUGUAUAGCUGUACUACAAGUAUAUAUAAUAUAUUCAUAUUUUAUGUGUAGGAUACAUCCCUAUCUGGAGGUGGUUAU